AUGGCUCCCGCCGUCUCCCCCGUUGCUGACGCCUUCGACGCUGCCCUCCUUGCCGCGGACGCUGCCGCCUCCGCCCCCGCCACUCGCAUGGAGCACACCCAUCUCCCCACCCUCCACACUGACCUUGACGACGCGUCCUCUGUCUUCUCUGCCUCGUCGGGUGGCUGCUCCUCCACGCUCAUGCAGCCCGCCUCCCCCUCGUCCCAUCCCAUCCGCCCGAACGAGCACUUGGCUGUGCUCCUCGACAAGCACUUGUGGAAGCCCGACUCGACGAGCUCCUCGUGUGACUACUUCUACUGCCGCACCACCUUCGGCAUCUUUGAGCGCAGGCACCACUGCCGCAAGUGCGGUGGCAUCUUUUGCCGCGCUUGUACUUCCCGCACGACGCCCCUCCUCAACGUCCGCGCCCUCCCCUUCCUCCAGCCCCCGCGCGGCCACAGCAUAUUCGAGUAUCAGUCCUCCCAGAGCCCCGUCGUCAACGCGCGCGUGUGCAUCGAGUGCCACGACCAGAUUUAUGGCGUCGCGCGCUCGCCCUCCAUCCCCGACGCCCGCGUUGUUGAGGCGGCGGACUCCCGGGCCUCCUCCCCGGCCUCGUCCGGCAUCCUCACCCCGCCCAUCCGCACCCUUCGCAACAAGACCUCCAUGGCCUCCCUCGCGUCCACCUCCUCUGCCGGCUCGAGCUCUCGCAGUGGCGCCUCCCAUCCUUCUUCCGCCGCGACCUCGCCGCGCGUCCCCUCGCCCGUCAUCCAGAAGAUGCCCGGCGAGCCGUCGUACGGCCCGCUCGAUGCCUACCCGCUCGCGCGCUGCUCUGCGCUCUGCAAGCUCUCCGGUGGCGGUCGCUGGCAGCCCGCGCCCUCCGUCGUGCCCGCCGGCAAGCGCACCGUGCCCCUUGGCGACCGCCACAAGCCCUGGGUCGCGCCCGCCGCCAUCGACGAGGUCGACACGCCCCCCGCCGCCCCCGAGCGUGAGCGCCGGAACGUGCCCUGGGGCAAGGCGCCCUACGAGGUCGAGUGGGAGCGCGAGGAGCGGCGCGAGCGCAGGAGGCGGGAGGGGGUCUUCGUCCAGGACGGCGAGUUCCGCUACCGCCUCCCCGUGAGGCAGGAGGAGGCGCCCGCCACUCCUGUCCCGGUGCGCGUCGACGAGACCUCCUCGGACGACGGCCUCGGCAUCUCGUGGUACAAGCCGCAGCAGAGCAUGCUCGGCGUGCCCCGCAGCCUCGUCGCGCAGUCGACGUUCUGA